AUGGCGGACAUAAGCCAUAAUGAAGAUUAUGCAAACUUGAUAGAAUGGAUGGUUGAAAAUAAAAUCGAGCUCAGCUCGCUAAUAAAAAUAGACGAGUCGCCACUUGGUGGAGUGGGUGUAUUUUCCACAGCAGAUAUAGCGGAGGGAGAUGUCGUACUUCGAGUACCAAAAGAUUGUGUAUUAUCACCUGUGACUUGUGGCAUAGCGAACUUACUAGAUGAACAUGAACUUGAUGGUAUGAUUGGCCUUACUAUCGCCUAUAUGUUUGAAAAGUCCCAAGGUGAGAAGUCGCCAUGGUUUGGAUUUUUGAAGACUAUACGACCCCCAGACCACGACUUGCCAAGAUUCUGGCCAGAAGCGGACCGCCAAUUACUGAAGGGCACAGAGAUGGAUAAAAUGGGUGGGCUAGAUGAUACAGAGGUCCUAGAGACUUAUAAGGAUAUUGUUGCUCCAUUUAUCGAAGCUAAUAAACAAUUGUUCAGGGGGAUUCCUGCUUAUGCCACUUACGAUGGCUACAGAGAAGCGUUGGUCGAAGUCACAUCUAGAGCAUUUGAAGUAGAUGACUACAGAGGAUUGUCACUAGUUCCUGGUGCGUGCCUUUUUAACCAUAGCGAUAGUGAAAAUGUUCAUUUCGAAUCGCAGGGUGAGGUAUGCGAACUUUGCGGAGCCGCUAAUUACUGUGAUCAUAUUGCAUAUCAGGAAAUUGAGUUUGCCAAGAUGCAAGCCCAAAUGAAUCAAGAAGACAACGAUUUUGAAGAUAUAGACAGCGAAGAAGAGGAGGAGGAGGAGGAGGAACAGGAGGAGAAUGGCGAAGACAGUUGCGAAGUUGAUAGGAUGUUGGUCGAACCUGAUAGUGAUAUCGAUUCUUCUGCUGAUGAAGCUGAUCACGAUCAUGACGACGAUUGUGCAUGUGGGCAUGACUCCACUGAUACAAGCCAAGACAGUGAUAUCGAUGAGGAUGAACCAGACAGCUGUGAAUUAGUUGUAAUGUCCGAUGUAUCGGCUGGGAAGGAGCUUUUUAAUACUUACGGGGAAUAUAAUAAUGGUGUUCUACUUUCUCGGUAUGGAUUUGCUAUUUGGGAUAAUCAGCACGAGAGUGUCGGAUUAGCUUCACAAGUUUUACAGUUUGCCAAGCAAAAAGAUUUAAAACCACGAUUAAAAUGGUGGGCCAAACAUUUUUAUCAAUGCGUAUUUGACAUCGACCCAGAGCUAUACGAAGAGACUGUCGAGGCAAUUCUCGCAAACGACCCAGAUGAACCACCUCCACCACCCCCUGAUUCAUUGACCUGGAAGGACACAUUAGAAAUUGUAUCAUCGGGACAGCCCACCCCGGGACUUAUUUUGGUCAUUAAUUUAUUGGCACUUAGCCCACAAAAGUUUGCUCUUCUUCAAACGCAAGCGAAGAGAGGGAAGUAUUCAGCUCUUCCUACUGGGGCACAGGGAUGUUCCAAGAUACUUGUCUCACUUGUGAACAAGAAGUUAUCAACAUAUAAAGAUGCAAACCUGACUAGUCAAGAGUAUGCCAAGCUAAUCAAUCAAAGCGAUAUCAGCCAUAACAAGCGACUUGCAUUUACAGUUAUAGGAACUGAGAAGUUAGUUCUUGAGCGAUUUUUAAAAAUGUUUUGA